CCUGAAAACAAAUGCAGUUUCCCAUGCAUUUGUCAUGAAUUUUGUGUUGUCUCUCUGAUUUUGAAGGUUUCUGUCAAUAAAAUGCGACUAAACACGUAUUCAAUCGUUCCUUGUGCCAUAUUAUUCAUUCAGGCUACCACAUUUGCUACUGGUUUAGUGUCAACGACUUACAAUGAUGAAAAGCAGGCCCAAGCGGUGACAGUCUCCUUCUAUCAACUCAGGCCAAGUACGUGGACUGAUACAGGCCUUGUGAAUAAGUUCAAGAAUGCCAUAGCGACUGCGGUAAAUACCUAUUGCCGUGCUAACCUGUCACAGUGCGGUCUCAAUGCAACGAUUGAUUUCCUCGGGGCCAAUGUCUUCAUCAACAGCGACCCUAUCCAACGAAAUUCUUAUCUUGACGUCACAUUCCACGUCAAAUAUCCCGAUGGCGUCCAGCUCACGUCAACUGCGUCAACAAAUUUUGUCCUGCCAAAAACCAUCCUCGAAGCUAUCACAGCCACUGCCCGGGCCAGGGUCAAAUUGUCCCUCGGCUACGAAAUCGUCAAAAUCGGUGAUGUGAUCUAUUACAAGUCGCCAGAUGAUCGUCUCAAUAUGAUUCUGAUUCCCAUCUCGUGCUGCCUCCUAUUGGUGGUCAUCAUCGUUGCUAUUGCACUGCACUGUUGGAGUGAGGCCAGGCGCUCGUCCGAGAAACGUAAGAGAAAACGAGACCAGGAGCACGCUAACAAGAAGAAAGCGCACGCUGCAGACAAGGCCAAACUGAACGAGAAAAAGAGGAAGAGUCCGAAGGUGGGGCCUUCGCCCAGUGACACGCCCGCCAAAUCAAAGUUCGGAAAACACAAGGUGCGAUUCCCGGAUGUACCAGAUGUGGUCGAGUUAGAACAACUCGAUGCGUCAACGGACAAAGACGGCCGUAAAGUAGCUUGGCAGCAUGAUCGUUUCCACACGCACAUUGAAGGUGACGUCAACACCAAUGCCGGCGACUACAAAGAUACAAUGCCCACGAGCAAACUGCCGCCACUCUCGACCAAUCAGGAACAAGAACCACACACCAAUGACAAAGAGAAGCGAAAACAUCGUAAACACAAGAAGAGCAAGAAAAACAAACAUAAUUUUGAAAAUCCAACUUUCACCGCGGAAACCGCGCCAGAAGUCCCGGCAGAUGAGCUGGGGAGUGCGGAAGUCUUGAUCAAAUCGCCGCAGCAUAAUAUCGUCCAGCCGGAGGAGAAAGUCUCGAACCGUCUCGGCGACUCGGGAAGCGAUAAUGAGAUCGUCAAGCGUGACUCGCGGGAUCAGUUCAUUGAUGAAAUAUAGAGGGCGUAUGGCAGAUUUUGUUUUUUAUCAUAUUUGGUAAAGUUAUCUACGUGUGUGAGCUAGUUAUUGUUAUUGAACUCAGGUACCCUUUAGGUUCUCAACUACAGUGGAACCUCCCUUAGCGGACACCUCCCUAUAAAGGACAACCUCUCUAUUAAGGACACUAGUUUUGGUCCCAAAGUGGUUGUUUCCAUUCAAUUAGACCUGUCUAAUCAGGACACCUCUCUAUUAAGGACAGCACUUGUCUGUCCCGAGGGUGUCCCUACUAGAGAGGUUCCACUGUAGUUGCAACAUGAUCUGAGACUGCGAGUCUUCAUGUUUGCUUAUAUUUUCUGGAAAAUGACAUCAUGGCAGGUGGCGAGCCCAGAGGGUUAACCUAGUGAAUUAGUCAAUGUGUUUGUAUGAUAUUAGUAUUUCUAAACGCUGGAAGUCCUAUUGUGCCGCAGGGGUCCCGUUGCACCUCACUGACGUAAUACUCCAGUAUUACAUGAGAGGGCGACACUGAUCCCAUCUUUGCGAUCUUGUUUCCUAUGAAAAGGCAGCAAUGAUAUGACGUGUUUUUGCGAUGAAAUGGAGACAAUAGGACCUCCGAUGUUAAAGUUGUGAAAACUAUGCAAAUCAAAUAUAUCAUCACAUUAUCAAAAUGUAAUUUUCUGUUAACGAAACAUAAAAUUUCCGUCCAAUUUAUAAACAUCUCGCACAGCAGUUUGUUCCUGCUGCAGAAUCAUUUUAGCAUUUUGUGAUAUAUCGUAUAUUAUGCAGCCGUCCAAUAUUUUUCACUUUCUCCCUUUCUCAGUUUGGAUCUCAGACAAAGUUAUUUAUUCAAAGUUAUUGAUUCAAAUGUAAAAAAGUGAUGUAUUUAUUUUAAGUUGUCAGGCGUCAGUUUCAUUGUAAUGGGACUCUGCUUUGCAGGGACAAUCUUUUGCAGUACACCAGACCAAUUAUAGCCCUCAAGCAAAACAGAGGGUAAAAAUCAGUUGUGACUGGUACUGUAACAAUGACAUCCCUGUAAGAGAGGGUUUUGCAAUGAAGCAUUUGAUAAAUUUGAUUUUUAUCAAAAUAUAAGAAUUUUGUCAUUUUGAAGAUCUUGAUCUUUCGAGUUGUUUGUUAACAAAAAUCUAAAUCAAUUUCAUACAUAUUUGUUAUUGAUUACAUUUCAAUUAUUUUGUAUUAUCAGAGGAGUUUAUCAAUGUUUUUAAGUAAAAUUUAGGAAGAAAUGUGUCUUUAAAAGUGUGUGUAUACAAGUAAAGUCUUAUAACAAGUUAGGACCAGCCUUGUCUCAACAGAUUUUUCAUGUAGUUACUCUCUAUUUGUUGUAGUAUUAUCAAUAAAGUACUGAGAAAUAA